AUGGCGGAAGCAAUCGGUGCUGCCUCUGGAAUCACCACCUUUGUGGGCCUGGCUCUUCAAUCCUCCUUCAUCCUUUAUCAAACUGUCCGAGGACUUCAUUCACGAGACAGGAUGAUUCGUGAACUUCGAACGGAGUUGCAAGAUCUCCUGGAAGUACUUGAAACGCUGAAAGAGUCCAUUGGCAAUCUUGACGUGGAUCUUACAGCACUGCAAGAACCUCUUACGAGAUGUAGCAAUGCGUGCGGGGAAUUCGAUGUGCUCAUUAAAGAAUGUAUUCAACAUUCCACCGAAUAUCGGGCCAGUCGAAGAGAUUGGUUGAGAUUGAAAUAUAUGGGACAAGAUAUCUCUGGGUUCAAAGACAUGUUGGCGGGUUACAAAUCAACAAUUAUAAUUGCUCUUGCACACGCGAAUUUGCGCACGACAGAGGCAACAAAGGGUGUUCUUCAAGAGUACAAAGAACUCAUCGAGAAUACAAAAUAUGACCUGGAGAAUCAUCUGCAAGACAUCCAGGCAAUGCUACUGUCUAGCUCUGAGACCUCCGUGGCAUCUGUAAUGGAUGCAGUCGAGCUUCAGCAGAUGGAAGAGGAGAGGAACAGCACACAAAAGAGCCUUGAUAUAUGUCACCAGUUCCUAGCUUUCAUAACUCAGACUCGGGCGAAUCUUUUAGGAGAGUCGGAGCUUACCUUGAAUGAUUCUCAUCAACCCUACUCAUCCGCGACACCCAAUCUGUCCUGGCUGAUCAACGCAGAAGGACUUAAUUCAACAUACAAAGAAGUUACCAGUUGGAGAUUGCGGUUGCUUCAGCAUCUAUAUGGAUUCAGCAAGAAUGUUCAGGCUGCGCCGCUUGGUCUCUUACAGCCAAAUAACGGACAGUCAUCCAAGCAGCAGAGCUUUCAAGAAGAAUACAAGAAUACUGAAGCUCUUUUGGCAUUCUGUCAGCAAGCAGAAGAGGCUGCCAAUGGGCCGCGUACCCAUCACUUUGAGGAUAUCACUACAGGCGACCAUAGUCGACAAGUCAUCGUAACCACUCUCAACGAUCUCAUCUCUGCCAAACGCAUUAAAUCAGGCCAUCAAUCGUAUCAGGCAGUUGGUCAGAUGUCAAACGAGAGUAUCCAAGCCGUAUUCCUCCGCCCAAAGACCUCGGAACAGCACAAGGGAGAAGACAACUCAGAAGCUUUCCAGCCACCGGCGCAAGCCCGUCGAGGUACAGGGAAAGAGUUUAAAGAGGGACAAACGGAUUAUUUCCAUGAUAGGUCCGGUUCUGAGUAUAAUUUUCACUUUGGCAACCGCGAGAAAUCAGCAAGUCCUCCCAGCGGCACUCAUUGA